GGACUGGGUACUACCCAUUCUGUAGGGCUCCCUCUUCGAAGUAACCAACUAUUCUUCAAAGUUUUGAUCGCAGCAUUUUAAACUUAAAAGCUACUUAGGAGGAUCUGAAAACUUACUGAAAAUGGGAAACGAAGCUUCUUUGCCGGGUGAUAUGGUGACACAUUUUGAUGCAGACGAAAUAAGACGCCUCGGGAAGAGAUUUCGGAAGCUCGAUUUGGACAAAUCUGGUGCCCUUUCUGUUGACGAAUUUAUGUCACUACCUGAGUUACAGCAAAACCCUCUAGUCCAAAGAGUAAUCGAUAUCUUCGACACAGAUGGGAAUGGCGAAGUGGAUUUUAAAGAAUUCAUAGAAGGAGUUUCACAGUUCAGUGUAAAGGGAGACAAAGAAUCCAAGUUAAAAUGUUGUUGGUAAUAUGGAUGUUCACAAGAAGAUGGUAGUCGAUGUCUAACAAGAUCUUAAUGAACCAAGUCUUUGAACUAUUUAUUAUUCUUAUUUCCACGAGGAGACAUUUUGUAAAAACAAACAAACAAUGAUAUUCUUGACCUCUAUCUCUUGUGGCUGCUGCUGCUGCAUGUUGAGAAAGCAUUGUUGCAGCGGUUGGUUGAUUCACGUGGCUACAUGAAGGAAUCAAUGAGGUGCUGUCCUUGCUAGAACAAAAGAUGCCAGCUAGAAGCAGAUGCGAAACGUAAAGAAAUAAGAAAAUAUACGACUAUAGUAUAUAUAUUAUACAGUAAGCAACUUGCCACUCACAAGAAUGUCUGUAAAAUGGAAGCAGUUAUUAUGGUUAGAAUUAGGGAAGACUUGGGUUUUGUUGAAUUUUAUUAACUCUGACUCUGAGCAUUCAUAUGUAGCAUUUUAUUGGAAAAAAAAAUGAGUAAAUAUGAUUGUCCCAUAACCCAGCAUGCAUGCACAAACACGUGGUUAUGUUUUACAAACUCUCUUAAUUUUUUGCUCCUCUUAAUGUUCGUCAAACUGACUGCCCAAAAUUAUUAAAAUGUCUUUCCUUUCAGCUUCCCAUUUUGCUUGUACUGUAGUCCUUAAACAUAAACAGCAUGCUCUUGUCUGCUUGCCUAGAUUUGUAGUUUUUUGAUUAAUAGACUCAUUCAGACACUGACAAAUACAACAGAACUAUGUCAAACUGAAAUUCAAACAAGACAAGGCACUAAGCUUCCAUAUCAUUCAGAAAUGCCAAGAAUUUUAGUUUAUUUUGACAAACUUACUGGGUGAAAAGUGAACUUCUUGUCAAGAGCUACCUUGAAAUACACAUAUAUCUGUAUCUCAAAGCGGUUUUUAAUUGAUUAAUACAGUUAAUUUUAGUUCAGCUUAGAUAUUAUCAUUGCCUUGUACAAUUCAUAAAAAAGGUUUUAUGAAAUUGAUGACUCUUGUUUCAUUAGCAAGUGAAUAUUCUAGGUGAAUACUGGACCCAAAUUUUCCUCUCAAUUUAAUAAAAGUAUACUUGGUUAA